AUUACUAUGAGAACACAUUUUCACAAGAAUACGUCUAUUUAUAUUAUAUUUUCACUUCCUUUUGCUUCCCUGAGCGCUGCACACCAGCAAUCUCCAGCACUGCCUAGCUUAGGCUAGCCCCUCAGUGAGACAGAAUGAAUCCAACGCCUAAAAUUAGUCACCCGUGUCUUGGCACUCUGUCUAGCUGUUUCCAACCUCGAGGAGAAGCAUUGAGUCUGUCAACCAUUCCGCAGCUUGACUAAGAUCUCCCUGACUUCAUUAACGAUCGAUCCAAGAAGUACAGCUGCUCAGAGAUUUGCACUUGACUUAAACCCAAGCACAAAUAUACCUGCGGUUGGGUCAAGAACCGUUCCUGAGUCGAGCCGUGCGACGAACCAGACCGUGGUACUUUUACAAGAGACGAAUACGAAUGUCCUCCCCUUAGAACCUUUUGAAGAUAUUCACGUUUGGGAAAUUUACAGCUUCUCAUGUCAAUGAUGGGACGCUGGGAGUUCGUACCACAUCCUCUAUAUAAUAGCAUUGUCAUUAAUGCUGAAGAUGAAGAUGAAGAUGACGAUGAUGGGACUACCAGCUAUGACCUUGACAUUCCUCUUCCAGAAUAUUGCGAGACCAUUCGGAAUCCCAUGAGCAUCAUCAUACUUGACGGAGAAUAUGCAAUCAAGAUCCCUCGAUCACGAAAACAAUUGUUAAGAGAAUUGCGAUAUUAUGAGAUAAGGGAGACAUUAGGCAAAAUCGACCCAAAUGAAUUGAGAUAUCAUGGUCUCAGUAAAUGGCCAUCUGGUGACUAUGGGCUGGUAUUAGAGCGCAUCGACCAAGCCUGGCUGAAGGAAAACUACAAGCAUGAUAUACUUGGGAUAUACAGAGAGGACGGCAUGGCGCUUCCGCUUGUAGAGCGAAUUCAUGCGCGUAUGCUACUGCGACAGUCCGCUUCUUGGUUGUCACCAUAUCAUGGCCAGAUAAAUGUUCGUGAUAUAGUGGUCACUAUAAAACAGAAUACUAUCAUCCGAGCCUGUAUCAUUGACCACGGUGACCAGCCUGGUGAGGACUAUUAUAGCACCCGCGAGCUAGAGUCCGUACUUGAAGAGAGAGGACUAUUGGAGUUUCAAGGACUUGUUGGAUAUCUCAUUGGGCGUGGGCUUUACUUUUGGUAUAAAGUCUUCCUACUUCUGCCCUCGACCCCUGGUCUGGCAUUGAGAAAUGCCCUUUUACUUGUAAAGGAUAUUCUGAACCAUAUAAAGGAUUUUCUGAACUCAUGUAACAGAAAUAGUCAUAAUGAUUAACUAGAUCCAGGCUCAGUUUCAGAUAUCUCUAAUCAUUUCGUGCUGUGCGCCAUUAAUAAUGUAGACAAUUCGG